UUUCCCGCCCAGCCCGACGAUGGAAAUAUUUCACACUCUCACUCUUCCAGGAGGGCGCAGCAGAGGGCAGGCGUGGCGCAGCGCGGAAAACGAUGGCGGCAUUUGAUGCGAUGGCGCCAAUGGCGCGGCUGGAGGCGCUGGACGAAGAUCAGGUCAGGGUAGCCAUCGCAUCGCAGCGCAUUGGAUACCAGGUCGUUUGAUCCAGGUUUGACGAUUCGGUGAGGAGGAAGCACGGCACACGGAUUAGGGUAUAGGGUUUUGGAGAGAGCGAGCGAUCGAGAAUGAACGGGCGCCAUUGCUACGCUGAGCUCAUCCUCCUGGCACAGAACAGGUACCAAAACUUGGCUUUGUCUCUUCCUUUAUGGCUCAUUCUCUCCGUUAUUAUGAAUGGGGCAAACAAAGGCCAGGGCAAAGCAUACAAGCCGAGUCAAAGCAGAGGCGCUGGCUUGUGAAUGGAUUUACUGUUUCUUCGGUGCUGGCCUUUAAACUUCCACAGCAUAGGAAUAGAGGAAUAGAGGAAUGCUGCUGGGCUCUCUCGCUGAUGAUCGGAGAUAGAGUUUGUUAAGCAGUGACCACUAUCGCAGGGGCUCAAGUUGGAGUUGUACUGGAUAGUAUUCUGGAACUGGAACGCGGCAGGGAAAGUUUUUUUCUUCUUUUUCUGGGGAGGUGGGAGCCAUGGCUACCGUAGCAGCGACAGAAAUCGAGACUACUGAGGAGCUGGGGGGAACAGGAGCAGGCAACGAUAUCAAGCUUUGCAAGAAAGUCAUUUACCAUACUUUGGCAAGCGGCAAGUCCGGUCCUCUCGACCCAAGCGCUGCAGCAGCGAGCAGGGAAAAAAUCGAUGUGAAGAGAAAACCGUUUGUGGAGCAGCAUUGUGGCAGCCGGGGACAGCUUAUCAGCAUUCUUCGCUUGGACAGCGAUCACCAGCAUCCGGCUGAUCGAUCUGUUUGCAAGAAACUGAAGAACUUUGCCUUUGCUUAUGCGACCCAGUGGACGAGAGGUCUCGACUUCCGGAUCAUCUUCGCGUCGCAUUUAAUCUUCUGGACGAGCUUGCUGCCGGCUAUCGCGUUUGGGAGCUGGCUGCAAGUGGAAACUCAUGGCAGUCUCGGCAUCACGGAAGUUCUCGUCUCGACAUGUUUCUGCGGACUGGCUGUGGGUAUCCUUGGUACGCAGCCACUGAUGGUCGUCGGAGUGAGUGUUCCAUCGAUAAUUUUCAUGGUCGCUGCUUCUCGGACUGCGGAGCGACUUUCGCUAGAUUUUCUUCCCUGGCUGGCCUGGAUCGGACUGUGGUGCGCAUUGCUGCUGUUCUUCCUCGCUACCAGCGGUGCUUGUCGGCUCACAGCACAUCUUACAUUUUUUAGUUGGGAGAUUCUGAGGCUUUUCAUCGGGUUCAGCCUGCUCUGGAUCGGGGUUACGGAGAUAGUUCGGUUCUUUUCUGCUGCUCACUCACUGGAGGCUUCGAUACUCUCACUCUGGCUUGCUACCUGUACUCUCGUCUUGGCGGUGGUACUGAGUGGAGCUCAAUCCUGGCGGUGCCUCAAUGGACAAGCUCGUGAGCUCAUCCAGAAUUAUGGUCCCGCUUUAACAUUUCUCGUCUUCACAGUUCUUCCACUCCUCCCAAAGUUUCAGCACAUUCAAUUCGAGCGAGUGGACAUGCCGGACUUUCUCUGUCGGACCGACAAUCUUACAAAGCUAGGAACUCUAGUCCGGCUGAAGAGUGUUCCAAUGUGGGCUAUUCUUCUCGCAUUCAUCCCAGGAGCUCUCCUGGCUUGCAUGAUCUUUGUAGAUCACAACGCGGGUUCCGUGGUGUUAAAGCAUGCAAAUGGCUACGUUCUUCCGGAAAAGACGCCAGGGAGUUGGGACCUCUUCAUUAUAGCCGUGCUUGUUUGCUCCUGCAGUAUUUUUGGGAUUCCUUUCUGCUAUGGUCUUUCUGCACAGAGUAUUGCCCACAAGCGUGCUUUAAUUUUUCACGUCAACGUUCGUGAUGAAGAAGGCCAGCAAAAGUCUAAAGAGGUCAUCAAGUCGCAGCGCAUCUCUGUGGUGAUCGUUUCUAUGCUGUGUGGGAUACCGUUUGUCCCUGGGAUCGAUCUUUUACUAGAAAAAAUUCCACUUGGAGUGAUUGCGGGGAUGUUUCUCGAGAUGGCAUACUCGUGUUUGAAAGAACUAAAGGCUAUCAAGAGGCUCAAAGUGUUUUUUACUGUUUCUGACAGUCGUAAUCGGUCUUCGCUCUGUCAAAGAAGGAUCUACUGCACAACCCAGAUGGUUUGCGCAUUGGUCAUCUUCACAACAAGCAGGACUCCAGCAGCUUUGGUCUAUCCAAUAUUCGUUCUGCUCGUGAUCGGCUUUCGUCACUACGCCUUGCUGAGUAUAUUUACGGCAUGCGGCCUGGCUGCACUCGAUUCGCCUCUCAGCUCGGGUGGAACGAUUUUGGAAUAUCAAGAGUCUACGAAAGCAGAGGUGCAGCCUAGCUCAGCUCUAGUUCGAACUAAAGCCGUGGAGAUUGAAAGCAGUAGCUCACCGCAGUCUCGGGGAAGUCCGUCGAUGCUCAUUAUGCCGAGUAGCAGGAGGCUGAAAGAAAGAUCUCGCAGACGUAACAAAAGAAAGAGACAGACAUCAGGAUCAGCGGCGAGAACUGAAGAUGAUCGUGACGAUGGGUCCAGAGAGAUUAACCAAGUGCGGUCCUUCUCCCAGCAGGCUUCCAGUUUCGACCAUUCACGGGCCGGUGAAGCUGCCGAGUUCAACAAGGACAGUACUCGUGCUUUUGGACGUUCCAAGAGAAGAGCUCUAAACAUUGAGCUGCAUUCCAACCUCUUAUACGACCACGGCUGGCAGAAUUCAUUGACUUUGCUACAUGAAGAUGCUGAUCUGGGGGACGUCCACUCUGUCACACAAAGCCCAGCGACUUACGAGUCUCCUCAUCGACCUUCUCCUGCAAGUUCGCAGCUGAAUGGCCAUCACAAUCACCAGCAGAGCUUGGAGUGUGUCAAGACGAACUCUGACGGCGGCGCCGGGGCUGGGUGCGGCAGUAAUUCAAGUCACUCAUCGUCUCACUCUAGGAAGAGGAAGACGGUACCUUUGACGAGUGCCGGCUUCAGCACGACAGAAAAUCCAUGUUUUAUGCAAGAUCGGGACGACAGCAACUUAGUGCCGGCAACAGGCCGAGAAACUGUGCAACAGAACUAAGGAUCUGAUUUGACUGAGACGGCUGGCAACCUUGUACUUGUACAGUACAGAUUGUGCAAUGCCAAGGUGUAGACUUUGGUGCCGGCUGAAGUGGUGGUUCUGCUGCUGCUGCUGCUGCUGCACGGACUCGGGUGACACUUUUCCCGCACAAAAGAUGAAUGCCAAUUCAAUUCUCGUGAUUGUAUCA